AGUCCAGCAGGGUCCCGACACUGCUGGCACCUCGGGGGAUCCGGCUCCAGAGAGAGCUGGGCGGGAGCAAACUUUCUUGGAAGGUAGAGGCCAAACUCUGCCGGGGCGGCGCGGAGAGGGAGGACUGCCGGAUCCGCGGGAGGGCGCAGGGCUGCGGAGGGGGCCGGGGCCAGGGCGCGAGGCGGAGCCCGGGCGCGUAGCCAAGCUGGUGGGGAGCAGGGGGGCCGGCGGGCUGCAGAUUCCCUCCGGCUCCCGGGAGCCGCGGCAGGACCAGCCAGGAGGCGCCAUGGAGGGGAGCCCCAUCCCGGUGCUGACGGUGCCCACCGUGCCCUACGAGGACCAGCGGCCGGCCGGCGGCGGGGGGCUGCGGCGGCCCACCGGCCUCUUCGAGGGCCAGCGCAACUACCUGCCCAACUUCAUCCAGAGCGUGCUGUCGUCCAUCGACCUGCGCGACCGCCAGGGCUGCACCAUGGUGGUGGGCAGCGACGGCAGGUACUUCAGCAAGACGGCCACCGAGAUCGUGGUGCAGAUGGCCGCGGCCAACGGGAUUGGACGACUGAUUAUUGGGCAGAAUGGCAUCUUGUCAACACCUGCUGUUUCCUGCAUUAUCAGGAAGAUCAAGGCAGCUGGUGGAAUUAUCUUAACAGCCAGCCAUUGCCCUGGAGGACCAGGGGGAGAGUUUGGAGUGAAGUUCAAUGUUGCCAAUGGAGGUCCUGCACCAGAUGUGGUCUCAGACAAAAUCUACCAGAUCAGCAAAACAAUCGAGGAAUAUGCCAUAUGCCCUGAUCUUCGAAUUGACCUCUCUCGGCUUGGAAGACAAGAAUUUGACCUGGAGAACAAAUUCAAGCCAUUUAGAGUGGAGAUAGUGGACCCAGUAGAUAUCUAUCUCAACCUCCUUCGGACCAUCUUUGACUUUAAUGCCAUCAAGAGUUUGCUGACAGGGCCCGGCCAACUGAAGAUACGAGUUGAUGCGAUGCACGGAGUCAUGGGACCCUAUGUGAGAAAAGUCCUGUGUGAUGAGUUGGGAGCUCCAGCCAAUUCUGCAAUAAACUGUGUCCCCUUGGAAGAUUUUGGAGGUCAGCCUCCUGACCCAAACUUGACGUAUGCAACAACGCUUCUGGAAGCUAUGAAAGGAGGAGAAUAUGGAUUUGGAGCUGCAUUUGAUGCUGAUGGGGACCGUUAUAUGAUCCUGGGCCGAAAUGGCUUCUUCGUGAGCCCUUCUGACUCACUGGCCAUCAUUGCUGCCAACCUCUCUUGCAUUCCGUAUUUCCGUCAGAUGGGGGUUCGCGGGUUUGGAAGGAGUAUGCCCACCAGCAUGGCCCUGGACAGAGUGGCCAAAUCAAUGAAGGUCCCUGUAUAUGAGACCCCAGCGGGAUGGAGAUUCUUCUCCAAUCUGAUGGACUCAGGACGGUGCUCUCUGUGUGGAGAAGAGAGCUUUGGCACUGGCUCUGAUCACCUCCGGGAAAAGGAUGGCCUCUGGGCUGUCUUGGUCUGGCUUUCCAUUCUGGCUUCCCGAAAGCAGAGUGUGGAGGAAAUCGUCCGAGAUCACUGGGCCAAAUUUGGUCGCCACUACUAUUGCAGGUUUGACUAUGAGGGGCUAGAGCCCAAGACGACGUAUUACAUCAUGAGGGACCUGGAGGCCCUGGUCACGGACAAGUCCUUCGUCGGCCAGCAGUUUGCUGUGGGCAACCACGUCUACAGUGUGGCAAAGACAGACUGCUUUGAAUAUGUGGACCCUGUGGAUGGCACGGUGACCAAGAAACAGGGCCUGAGGAUCAUCUUCUCAGAUGCGUCUCGGCUCAUCUUCCGGCUCAGUUCCUCUAGUGGCAUGAGGGCCACCAUCAGACUGUAUGCGGAGAGCUACGAGAGGGACCCCAGCGGUCACGACCAGGAGCCCCAGGCCGUGCUGAGUCCUCUUAUAGCCAUCGCGCUGAAAAUAUCCCAGAUUCAUGAGAGAACUGGCCGGAGAGGCCCCACUGUCAUCACCUGAAUGGAGGAAAGAUCAGUCACCAGGGCCAAAAGAGAGCCCUUGGCGGGAGACCCUUCACCCAUGCCUUCUUGCUACCUGUUUGUGCCUUUUAUGAUUUCGAAAACACACACACACACACACACACACACUAAUUUGCUGGUGGGUGGGGGAGGGGUGGGUGGGAAGAGAAAAAGAGAAAAAACGAAGUUUUGUUUGGGGUUGGGUCUAUUCCUCCAAAUGCAACAAGGUCUUCAGUUGUCUGUUAAAGCAGCACUAUCAUUUGGUAUCUAUAUUUUACCACACCAAAGAACCUCCCCUUUUGAGAAAGAGGAAGCAGGCCAGGAACAUGUCCAUCAUGGCGUCGUGUAC